AUGUUGGCAUCAAGCAUUUCUUACCCCAAUCGACCGCGUCAUUCCGACCAAGGCUCGGAUGACGAUGCCGAGCUUGUCCAUGCCCGUGACUCGAGACGUCGUGCGCGGCACCGUCCCCGUCGAGUCAUUGACUGGCGAGGCGAAAUAUGUCACUUUCUCGACCUGUCGUCUGAGUCUACCGACGAGGAUGUUCUACACGCGUUGGAAACGGUGUCUGACCGACUCCAGGAAGCUGCGUCUUCAACUUCCGAGCAAGCAUCCCGAAAACCACCCAGGUUUCAAGUCGUCAAUCGCAUUGAAUGCAGGAAUCUGGUGGGAAGCAACGCCAUGUAUCUCGAGACCCCCCGACUUGUUGAGAGCGGACCCCACGGCGCACACUUGACGGGCUCGAAUGAGAUUCGCAAUCUCAAGGCCUACCUUAAGCAGAACAAGGAGGUCGUUUCUUUGGUACAUCGGCAUUUCGAAUGCUGCGGCAAGCUCUCGCUGGAACGCAUUCAUCGCCACCAGAGGAGGGCCGUCGCCAUAGAGCCUUCCACCCUUCUCACGCGGGAAUACAUGGAAAUCAUCUCGGAUGGUUUGAGAAAUGCCCUGACCCAGCUCUCUCAGGUUGCUCUUCAGGGGGUUCUUCACCCAAAAUUCGAGGCCGACGGCGACGAAGAUGAAGAAAUGAUCCCACACCCUUAUCUGUGGUGGUACCACCGACGUCAAGAGAUAGAGACCGCGCGCCGCCGGCUCGGUCAUACGGCUCGGCAGAUGAUUGAGCUCUGCCAUGACUACUUUCAAAAUCGUCUCCAAGAUGUUUGGAGCACAGUAGACGGCUUGCUAUCGCGGGGCAGCAUCACUGCAGAAUAUAUUGAAUAUCUCUUUCUUCCUGGGGAGAUUGUCGUAUCCAAACUGAAGGGAAGUAGGGUGGCUCAAUGGGAGUCUUUCUGUACUAGCGACUGGCUGAUGAAAAAUUCCGCCAACGAACGGUCCGAGUCUCUGGGAUUGAUCGAUGUUACCUACUGGACGUUCAAUGGCAACUUUGAAAAGAAUCGCACAUCUCUCUCCAUCGGACCCGUGCCCUCAUUGGACCAAACCUUCGACAUCACACAACUGCUUGUUCAUCCAGUGAGGUUUGCGCCUGAACAAAUAAGGGAGACCCUUCGGCAGCGAGGCAACAUGUUUUGGAUGUGCCGGCGGCGGAACUACGUUUCGUACACCCGAGUUUUCGACGAUGUGACUCAGAACGCCGAUCUUUCGCGUUUCAUGAUUGAUAUUGCCAUGUACAGGGAGCUGCACAAGUCGAUCUCAGAUGCCGAGGGCCUGCAUCGGGACGACCUGGGACCCGACGUCAUGUCUCAAGACAACCCGGAUCUCGGGGACAGCUUCUACAUGUGCCUGCCGACCAACAUUGUGGGAUUUCACAUGGGGGAAAAGAAAUGGCGUGAAGUCCCCUCGAAUGACCUCGAAGUUGAUCAUUUUGAAGAUGUACAUUGGAAUGAGCAGAUAUUUGACUUCUUGGUCCUUCCUACGCAUACCAAAGAGCUUAUACUGGCCCUGGUAACAAACAAAAUCAAUAGGGACGAGCACACCGACGUCAUUCGCGGCAAGGGCAAUGGCCUAUUCAUCCUGCUGCAUGGGGCCCCGGGUACCGGCAAGACUCUCACGGCCGAGAGCGUGGCGGAGAUUGCACGGAAGCCCCUCUACCGGAUUACCUGCGGCGAUAUCGGGACCAAAGCUGAAGAAGUAGAAAAGUAUCUGGAAUCCGCUCUUUACAUUGGACAGAGCUGGGAUUGCGUGGUCUUGCUUGACGAGGCCGAUGUGUUCCUGGAGCAGCGUUCAUCUGCUAGUCUGGAGAGAAAUGCACUGGUUUCAGUCUUUCUUCGGGUUUUGGAAUACUUCGAAGGCAUUCUGAUUCUGACAACCAACCGCGUUGGGACCUUUGACGAAGCCUUCAAAUCCCGCAUACAUCUCUCUCUCAGGUAUCAGAACCUCGACCAGCGACAGCGGCAGCUGAUCUGGGCAAACUUCAUCAAUCGCCUCGAGUCACUUGGGAAGACAGAAGGCCGCAGUCUUAUCGACGCCGAGGGGGUCCGAAGGCACAUUGAUCUCCUGGCACAAACCCCGUUUAAUGGGAGAGAAAUCCGCAACGCCAUUUCUACCGCACGGCAGUUGGCGUUAUUUAGGCGUCAAACCUUGACGUAUGAGCAUUUGGAAGCAGUGUUGAGGGAGGUCAGGGAAUUCGGCGAGUACACCAAGGAGAUCAACAGAGGCUUCACGGACGAAGAACUGGCAAGAGACACAAGAUUGAGAUGA